GCUACGCAUGCGCAGUGGCAAGUCGCCGUCAAAAAUGCCGAUGUGGCUGCCGAAAUAUUAAACUUCCAGGUCGCCUGUGGGAUUUAAAGCAAACUGUCGCAAUGAAUGUUUUCUUUCUGGCUUUGUUUUGUGUCUGCGGCUUUGUCGCAGCAGACGAAGACGAGAGGCUGCCGAAUAAAUGCGAAGUGUGUAAGUUUCUGACAGUGGAGCUGCAGGAUGCUCUGGCGAAAACCGGCCGCUCCAAAGAAGUGCUGGAGGUUGGAGAAGUGCUGGAUACAGGCAAGAGAAGAAGAAAGAUCAAAUACAACACGUCGGAGACUCGGCUGACAGAGGCGUUGGACAACAUAUGUGAGCGCAUCCUGCAGUAUAACGUCCAUGCAGAGAGGCCGGGCAGCCUUCGAUAUGCCAAGGGAGCCAGUCAGACCAUGACAACUCUGAAGAACUUGGUCCACAAAGGAGUUAAAGUGGAUCUGGGCAUGCCGUUUGAACUGUGGGACGAGCCGUCUGUAGAGGUGUCGGACAUGAAGAAACAGUGUGAGACGAUGCUGGAGGAGUAUGAGGAGGUGGUGGAGGACUGGUACUUCCAUCAUCAGGAGCAGAGACUGGAGAACUUCCUCUGUGAGAGCCACAUCCUCAAGACAUCAGAGCUAGAAUGCCUUAAGGAGGUGUGGAAAGGAGACAUGGGGAAAAAAGGAGGGGCUGGCGAGGCAGGGGGCGACAGCACUGAAGAAGAAGGAGUGAAUGACAACACAAAGAAAGAAGAGCAAAAGACGCAUGACGGUGGGGAACUAUGAGGAAAACACUUUGAAAGAAAGAAAAAUGCAGAAGACAACACAAAACCUCAGUUUUAGAAUUUGGCUGGCAUGUUUUUAACUGUUUUCUUGGAGGCAAAGUCCAGUGCAUAUAUUUACACUAUUUUAACUAUUUCAGCUUUUGAAUGAAAAAUCUUAUUUUAACUUUAUUUCUGGUGCCAAAUUUAGUGAUAGUUUACAUUGAGAGUUACAUUGGUGUGAGAUUAUGCUUUGUACAAUUUAACACUAAAUUUCUCCUGUUAUUUUUAUAGAAAUGGUUUUAGCCUUUUAUAAACUGUUGCACCUUUUAAAACACUCAUCUAUUUGGAUUAAGGUUUGAAGCCUUUACCAUGUUGAGACUCUUUCAGUGUUAUAUGUGUGUGAACGCUGUUACAUCUCUUCUUAUGCCAACACUAUAUGGUACAUAUGACUUAUUUUUUACCCCUAACUGCCAUCUUUAAUUGCAAUAUGUACAGUUUUUCAUGUUGAAUAAAAUGCUUUUUAUACA